UCUUUUUCACACUUUUUGUGUAGAAAGUGAAGAAAAAACAUUAAGAAAAUGCAUCAACCAACCCAUUUCCUCAUCUUUUUCAUGUCAUUUCCCCUGUUUUCUCUCUGUUUUGGCAGUUUCCAUGAGUACCCUCUUCCUGUUUCUCAAUAUCAUGAUCAAAUUUAUGGUCAUUAUCCAAAACCCAGAUGGAACACGGGUUUUUACGGCUCGACGACGAGGCAGGAUCGAGUAAGCUCGCUUUCGGGUUCGCCAAAGGUCGUGAAUGUGGAUGAUUUUGGAGCUAAGGGAAAUGGACAAGAUGACAGUAAGGCAUUUGAGCUAGCUUGGAAGAAGGCUUGUUCUUCUAGUAAGGCAAUGAUUUUGGUGCCUAAAGGCAGGACAUAUUAUCUUAAGCCAAUAACUUUUUCAGGUCCUUGUAGAUCUCCUUUGACACUAAAGAUCGAUGGAAUGAUCAAAGCUUCUCCAAGAAUGUCGGAUUACGAUGACGAUCGACGACAUUGGCUUAAAUUCGAAGGCGUCGACAACUUUGUUGUAGAAGGCAAUGGUAUCAUCAAUGGAAAUGGCAAAAAAUGGUGGCAAAACUCUUGCAAAGUGAACAAAGAACUUCCUUGCAGGGGAGCACCGACGGCUGUAACUUUCUACCAAUGCAUCAACUUGGUUGUGGCUAACCUGAAACUAGAAAAUGCACAGCAAAUGCAUCUGACAUUUCAGAAAUGCACCAAUGUCAAAGCUUUGAAUCUUCGGGUCGUCGCCCCGGAGAAUAGUCCCAACACGGAUGGAAUUCACGUCACGGAAACUCAAAAUGUUAUAAUAAGGAACUGUGUCAUUGGAACAGGGGAUGACUGCAUUUCUAUUGUAAGUGGGUCAAGAAAUGUUAGAGCAAUGGAUAUCACUUGUGGGCCAGGACAUGGAAUUAGCAUUGGAAGCUUAGGAGCUGGAAACUCAGAAGCUGAGGUUUCAAAUAUAAGAGUAGAUAGAGCAUUGAUAUCAGGAACCAGUAAUGGGGUGAGAAUAAAGACUUGGCAGGGAGGCUCUGGAUAUGCUAAAAACAUCAUGUUUCAAAACGUUGUCAUGAACAACGUGCGCAAUCCAAUAAUUAUAGACCAGAAUUACUGUGAUAAAGAAGAAAAGUCAUGCCCACAACAGAAUUCAGCAGUGAAAGUAAGCAAUGUGGUGUACAAGAACAUUAGAGGAACAAGUGCUUCUGAUGAUGCCAUAAGAUUUGACUGCAGCAAAAGCUCCCCUUGUCAAGACAUUUCCAUGCUUGGAGUUCAUCUAGUUAGACAAGGAGAUGAUGUUGCCACAGCUUCCUGUGAGAAUGUUAGGUUGAAAAAUAGAUGGAAAGUUUAUCCACAGUGCUCCUCAUAAGUUGGAACACUUUAGUCAGAAAGGACGGUUGUUCGUGAAGA